AUGGCGAAGCUGGCGAUUCUCCUGGCCGCUUUUCUCUUCCUCACUGUCACCGUCUCCGCCUACACAACCACUGUGACGGCCGUAGAGAUCGAAGAAGAGAACCCCGACUGGUGGAGCCGUGGGCAGGGGAAGUGCACCCAGAAGCUGCAGAAGGCUAACCUGAGGCCGUGUGAACGCUACAUAAAGGAGCAAUGCAGUGGGCAGGAACAGGACGUGAUAGCCUUGCGUGGGAUUCGCACCAAGGGGAAUGAAAAGCUCGAGGAGUGCUGUGAGCAGUUCAGAGAAAUAAACGACCGGAGCUGCCAGUGCCAAGCCUUGAGGAGGAUCAUGCAGAGGCAGGGCUCUGAACUAGAGGGAAGGGAGAUGCGUCAGUUCCUCCGUGAGCUUCAGAGGCUGCCAGAACGGUGCGACAUUGAACUUCCUAGGUGUGAUUUGGGUGGCAUUGAAAUCUAGGUAAGCUCUAACAAUGUUGUCGCUCACCUACGCCUACUAGAAAUUGAGCUAGCGUAUCUAUCUACCUGUAAUAAACUAAGAUCAUCACUAGUGAUCUUUUAGGCAAUGUUGUAAGCCACUAUGCAGGUGACUAUGACUUUGCCAUUGUUUUGUUGAAGCGCCCAUUGUAAUGAGAAUAAAAUCUCUGCUUUCCACAUGACAUUAAAAAAUGCCAAGAAGCGCAAGUACUACUUCAUAACGUUGCACUAAUUACAGUCAACAAAUCUGUAAAAA